GUUGUAAAGAAGGAAGCCCUGUUCUUUCCAUUAAAAUGAAGUGUUUUAAUUGCAACCCUGACCUUUCUGAACUGGAAGUGGUAAAACCUGAGGACAGUGGGAGACAAGGUUCCUACAAUCCUGUGUGUUUGGAGCCUUCCUGUAAGGAUUGCUUUAGAAACCAGGAAAGGCUGUCUUUCAUUGAGUCGCCAACUGUGGGACAUGAUAACAACAAGGAAAAUCAACAUGUACAGAAAAUCCUCAAUAGUCCCAGUGAAAUAGAAGAGCUAGAGGCCAGUAGACUGUAUGAAGACAGUGGCUAUUUGUCAUUUACACAUCAAAGUGACCAGGAGGAUAGUACCCUUAUCCUGGAGAAUUUCAGAAACAGUCCCCAGCCCUGCCUGCUGCCAUCACAGAGCUCAGACCAGUAUCCCAACAAAAACCUGCUGCCUCUCUUGGAGUUUGAAAGAGUGGUCUGUUCAACAUUAAAGAAGAAUUCCAAGCGAAACCCUAAAGUGGAUCGAGAAAUGCUGAAGGAAUUUAUCGCCAGUGGAAACUUUAGACUACAAAAUAUAAUUGGCAAGAAAAUGGGUCUGGAGCACCUCGAUAUCCUCAGUGAGCUCUCCCGUAGGGGAUUCAAACACCUUUUAGCUAAUAUUUUGACGAAGCUGGGCGACAUGGAUUUAAUAAAUUUGUCUAAAGUGAGCAAAAUUUGGAAGAAGAUAGUAGAAAGCGAUAAAAGAGCAUUCCAGCUAUACAGCAAAGCAAUGCAGAGAGUCCUUGAAAGCAGUAAGUUGUCACUGCACUCUUCAACCAGAGGAUACGUUGUGGGCAGAACUGCACUAACUUCUGUUCAGAAGUCAUCGACUUGGGCUCCUCCCAAAAAAGAUGCUCAAGCCAAGUUCCCCAGGCAGCGUGAUCAGAAAGGCUCUGCCUACAGCCGGCACAGUGAGUUCCUUGAGGUGGCCAAGACAUUAAAAAACAAUGAAAGCCUGAAAGCCUGUAUUCGGUGUAAUUUCCCUGCAAAAUAUGACCACUAUUUAGAGCGAGCUACCUGCAAACGGGAAAGCUGUGGAUUCGACUAUUGUACAAAGUGUCUGUGUGAUUAUCAUAAUAACACCAAAGACUGUUCGAAUGGCAAGCUCCUAAAAGCCAGCUGUAAAAUAACAACAGGCCCGUUGCCUGGAACUAAAAAGAGUAAAAAGAAUUUACAAAGAUUGUGACCCUUAGUAAUUCAAUUGUGGGUAAUCUUAAUUUCCACUUUUUAAAAAAUGUUAGAUUUUAACUUCAGAAGGUAAAAAUGUGUGGUGCCUUUUUGCCCCUUUGUGAAUAGAGGACAUGCAGCCUCUUAAAACAAUUAGUUUAAUGUUAAGAAAUUAAAUUUGUCCAUAUAAAUGCAAAGACUUAGAUCUUUUAAGAAAAAGAGAAACUGGAUAUCUAUUUGUAGUUAGAUGGUAAAAUAAGAUUGAUUGGAUUUUAUGGCAAGUGGAAGCUGUGAUUCUAUGGAGUCUAAAACAUGUGGUUCGAAGUUAGCAGCAUCUGUGAUGCUUUACCAAAUGUAUGUUGUGUUCAUGUCAACUUGAGUCUGUCCAUUUAAAUGUCUUAUCAGUGUGAGCCUUUUUCAGUGUUCAAAGUAUCGGUUGUAAAGUCUUGUUUAUUUCUGGUCUGUUUUAAUGUUUUUAUACCUGUAAAUAUUUGUUUUUACAUGCCAAAGAAAAUAAAUAUACAUAUAACUUUGUUUUGUUAAGAAUAAAAUUGUUAUAAGUUUA